AUGCCCUCAACUUUCCCCACCUCCUCAGCAUCAAGCUUCCCCGGGCCUUUUCGAAUCGCCAUCAUCGGCCUAGGCGGCAUCGGUUCAACCUUUGCCUUCCAUCUCUCCUCCAAAGGACACCAUGAGAUCACCGCCAUCGUCCGUCCCAAAUCAAAGCGCUACGACCAACUUUCCACUUCUAAAGCCAUACUCACUACGUCCAAAGAAUCAGCUCCCUUGAGUUCAGUGGAGCAGGCUCUAGAUCCGACGAUCGAGUACGAUCUCGUCAUCGUCACUUUAUUGGCUCAUCAAGUCCAAGGAGACGUACUUGAGGCUCUACGACGAUCCAAAGCUAAAGGAAUUCUGUUCAUGUUCAACCAAGUCGAUCCCGAAGGAUUAUCACGCGCCGUACUACUCGAACCGACCUCGGACAACUCCUCUUCAAACCCGUCCUCCGCACCUCGUAUCCUCGCCUUCGGCAUGCCCUUCGUCCAAGGCUUUCUCCUCCCCAGCGGCGAACUCAGCCACAAGCUCGGGGCAAUGGGCGCCCAAUCUCUCCUCUCCCACCCCCCCUACGUAACCCUCUUCAACGCCUGCUCCCUUCCCGCCUCCCACGAACCUCAAAUGAAGCGAUGGCUCGAAUCCCACGUCCCUCUUUGUAUCGCCUUCGAAUCAAUCUCGUACAAAGCCAUGUCGAACAAUCCACCCAAAGGAACUGGAGCGACUUGGGCUCAGGCGAAGCUUGUAGCGAAAGGGACGAGAGCCAGCUUUCGCCUCGUCGAAACCGUUCAUGGGAGGCCGAUUUAUCCCAGCGGGAAGAGAUGGUUCUCCUUUGCGCCGGUUUGGUGCAUGGCAGGUGUGUUCUGGGGGAUGUCGAGGAUUCCUAGUGUUAGGGAACUGUUGGCUAUGGGCGUGGAGGAGAGCAGGCGGUUGGUCGAUGAAUUGGUUGAGAGGGGGGAAAAGGAGGGGAAGGAGGAGUUGUUGAGCGCUGUGAGGGCGAUGAGGGCCUAG